UGGCUGUGGCCGCCGAUGACGCUCCAGAGGAACAGACAACAACAAUAAGAGGUAGAGGAGCAGAGACCGUGAGAAGCUCGUGUUAUUGUGCUGAAAGAUUGACUGAGGCUCUACCAUGCCUGUGGCCUCCACCAGGACAGAGCCUGUGCCCCAGGUGCUGGACGUGAUGAGUGACAGCACAACCAGCUCGACCACGGCCAAUGACCUGGACCUCAUCUACCUCAAAGGAAUCAUGGAGAGCCCUCAGGAACACGAGGAAAGCCUGAGGGAGCCACACCUCUCACCGGUGAGGGAGAACAACGUGGAGCUCCUGCUGGAGAUCCUCAGAGAUCUGGACCCCUUCACGCACGGUUCGGACACUGCAGCUGAGCUUUCCUGCAUACUCACAAAGCCUCAUUUCCAGUCUUUACUGGAGACUCAUGAUUCAGUGGCAUCCCAGGCAUGUGAUAGCCCACCCCCUAGCCCCUGUGAUGGAGUGGAUCAUGAAGCAGAGGAUGGCCACACACACAACCAGCACCCACCACCUGAUGCAGUCCGCAUGGUGGGCAUACGGAAAGUGGCGGGGGAGCAUCUGGGGGUGACAUUCAAGGUGGAGGCUGGUGAGCUGGUGAUAGCCCGCAUCCUUCAUGGUGGUAUGAUAGACCAGCAAGGACUGCUGCAUGUUGGAGAUAUCAUCAAAGAGGUGAAUGGAAGAGAGGUGGGCCAAGACCCCAGGGUGAUCCAGGAGGAACUGCAAGCAGCCAGCGGAAGUGUGGUUCUGAAGAUACUGCCCAGCUACCAUGAAGCCAUACCGCCAAGACAGGUGUUCUUUAAAUGUCACUAUGACUACGACCCGGCCAAUGACAACUUAAUUCCUUGUAAGGAGGCGGGCCUAAGGUUUGAGACAGGGGACAUCCUGCAGAUAGUCAAUCAGGAUGAUGUCAAUUGGUGGCAGGCCCGUCAUGUGGAGGGUGGCAGCACAGGGCUGAUUCCCAGUCAGAUGCUCGAGGAGAAAAGGAAAGCAUUCGUCAAGAGAGAUGUGGAACUGGCACCAGCAGGAAAUCUUUGUACUGGUGUUGGAGGGAAGAAGAAGAAGAAGAUGAUGUACGUGACCACCAAAAAUGCAGAGUUUGACAGACAUGAGAUAUUGCUAUAUGAGGAGGUAGCCAAAGUCCCACCUUUUAAGAGGAAAACUCUGAUCGUGAUUGGUGCCCAGGGUGUGGGGAGGCGGAGACUGAAGAACAUGCUUCUACUGAAAGAUCCACAGCUCUUUGGUACCACCAUCCCAUAUACCUCCAGAAAGCCCCAAAAAGAUGAGCGGGAAAGUCGGAUGUAUGCCUUCACCAGCCGCAGCAAAAUGGAAACUGAUAUCAAGAACGGGCGCUACCUUGAACAUGGAGAGUAUGACGGCAGCCUCUAUGGAAUCAAGAUCGACUCCAUACAUGAGGUGGUGGAGGCCGGACGUCUCUGCAUUCUGGAUGCUAACCCUCAGUCUCUCAAAGUGCUGAGGACCUCUGAGUUCUUACCCUACGUGGUGUUCCUCCAGUCUCCAGACUUCGAGGUGCUCAAGGCAAUGAACCAGUCCGCUGUAGAUGCAGCAGUUGUUACUAAAACACUGACGGAUGAAGAGAUGCAGAGGACGUGUGACGAGACUGCUAAAAUCCAGACAGCAUAUGGUCACUUCUUUGAACUCAGCAUCGUUAAUGACAACCUGGAUGAGACCUACCGCACGGUCAAAGCCGCCCUGGAAACGGUGUCCAAAAACCCACAGUGGGUCCCCGUCACCUGGGUGUUCUAGAAAGAGGGGGUGGAGGACAGAGGAGGGGAGGAAUGUAAGGAGCAAGAAAGAAAGCAAAGGCACUGAAAAUAUACCACUGUAUAAAUAAUGGAUGUUGUUAUUUAGAGUUUCAUACAUUUCCACAGAGAUUAAGUUUGCCCUUAGUGGUAGCUUUGCAUGAGAAAACGUUUUUAUUACUAAAGCAACAGCUCUGCAAGAUAAAUUACAGAAUAUUUUUUUGAAAAAGUGUAGAAUAAGACAUCCAUAGUUACACAGGUUUAUAUUUUGAGGACAGGAAGGAAGGAUGAGAAAAAACGAGGGGUGCAAUAAAAGAUUGAAGCCCUGAAUGUCAGAAAUUCACAGAUUUUACAUCCACAUCAAUCUGUUAGUGUGUGUGUUUGUGUGUGUGUGUGUUUGCAAGCGUGCAUGUGAGUUGCAUUUUUAAAAUGUUUGUAUGUUUUUUAAAUGAUUUGUGCCAUUACUGACGAUCAUCAGCAGACUGUCAUUGUUUACAUUUCAUGAGAGUUGACAAUGCUGAUGGUCACACUUGAUCGAUAAGCUACGAUGUCAAAUCUACUUUAUCAGACAAAACAUUGAACCUAUACACUCAAUUACUUGACUUGACUUUUCAGUAAUAAGCAAAUCUAACAUCAACACAAAAGUAAAACACAGUAAAUCCAACACACGCAACACCUGUGUUUUAUACUGAACAAAUUCAGUGUGAUCAGCUGACAACAGCAAGUUAACCUCAGUCAUUUCAUCCUCUGUCAGUGGUAAUGAGUGAAGCUUUGCCUUUCUUGUCUUGUUUUUUGUUUAAUGUAGUUACACGUUACACACACACACUCACAGGCAAAUAGAGGUGGUCAGAAGAUGAGCAUAUUCAAUUCAAUCACCAUCACACAGGAUAAAGAAAGGACAAGACGCAUCUAAAACCAUAUUGGGGUUAAAUGAGGAUAUGAUGUAUUGUCACAACCAUGCGUGAGUGUUAAGAAUUGAAUUAUUCAGUAACGGUAUAAGCAACGGUUAGGUUUAGGUCUCUGGGUUUAGAUUAUCUUAAACAUUGUCCUAGCUAACUAGACGGCACUACAGCUACACCUAGAUCAGUAUGUGCAAUUCCUUUUUAUUUAAACAUAGAUAAUAGUGCCAAUUAGCUGACUACAGGUAUUUAGUACAUGUAUUUGAAGCCAAUGUUUCACAGAUGUGCAAAGUGAACGUAAUGAAUUCACCAUUGUCACUCACCAAAUGAUUAUCUCCUCAUUGGAGCGCAUCACUUGCUGAUUAAUGUGAUGUUUAACUUUAACCCAUCCUAAUAGUGAUUGGCCAGAAUCUUUGCUGAUGCUCAUCAUGGCCAAAGUAGGUAAUGUGUUACUGAUGCACGUAUUGAAGUUUGAGCAAUGAUGCAAAAAUGGUGGGUCAUGACUUUUCAUUCAUAUUUCUGCUUCACCAAAAUGUAUUUAUUUUCCUGAGCCAUUACUUCGUUGUUGUGAUGAACUUGUUAAAGGACAAGUGUGUAGGAUUUAUGUGGAUCUAUCGUAAAACAAAAUAUAAUAUUCUGAUUCAUAUUUUCAUUAGUGUAUAAUCUGAAACUAAAGAAUCAUUGUGGGUUAGUUAUCUUAGAAUGAGGCCUUUAUAUCUUCAUAGGGAACAGAUCCUCUUUGACAGAGUCAGCCAUGUUGCCCUGUAAUGUUUUCACAGUAGUCAAGAACAGACAAACCAAAUGCUGGCUCUAGAGAGGGCAUUUCAUGUUCUUACAUGACCUGAAGGCUGCCUUAGUUUCACCUACAUGUUUGGAAGAGAAGGAUGAGGGGGGGUCAUGGGGUUGCAUUCUGCACCCUUACCACUAGAUGCCACUAAGUCCUUUACACUGAACCUUUAACUGCACUGCUUUGCCACAGAGAAUACCUUUUUUAAGGCUGCACCACAGAGGAGACAUGGUUUACACACAGUUAUGAGAAAUGAUCAAAUGGUAUUAAAAUCGUUCUCUUGAAUGGUUGCAUGACAUUGUUUCCAGUCAGAAACCUUAGCUAAUGAGUUUGUGAUUGCAUUUGUAAGCUGGUUAGCACAGAGAGCUUAACCUUCCAAUCUAGUAUAAAGUGUGUGGGCGGUUGGGAAAAGUUGAUGGAAACACAAUGUGGCAAAUGACAAAAAAAUAAUACUCUACAUGAACACAAAUCAGUCACAAGUAUAAACAAGUGUCACUUAGGAGCCCCAGUAUGGUUUAGAGAGGACCAGUACAUGGUGUGAAGCUCAUGCCAUACACGCACACAUAUACACACAGUAAACACUGUACAGAAGCUGGAUUUGAUUACAACAUUGUAUUUCAUAACACUUUGGCACAUGCUCUUGUUUCGUAAUUUGCACUUUUUAUUUUGUCGUAUAAUUCAAAAUCUUUGUUGUAUUUCUUCACUCAGUUGUUCACAGUUUGUAGAUUGCAUCUAGAUGCACAAUGAUAUAAUAGAUACUGAUAUAGUAGGUAUGAGAUUCUUGCCUUGUAUUUACAGUAUGUGACACUUUUGUGAUAACUUUCUGAAUGUCAGUAAAGACAUGUGUAGCGGCCUUCGAGUGAACAGCACAACUGAAAACUUCACAACAAAUUGGUGUCGUCUCAUUUGCUUUCUGAUGUCGUUGUGGUGCUCCUCCCUCAGGCCACCGUACCUGUAACACUGUCCAUGGUGCCAACCGCAAAAAACUCCUUGAGCAGCUUGUUUGUACUCAGAUCUUUAAUUGUGGCAGCUACUGCAAACGUUUAAUGUACAAUGAUAAAUUGAUGUUUGUCAAACAGAUGUACUGACGAUUGACUGACAGUUAUUUUGCUCUCUCAGUCUACACUCAAUGCUUUUAAAAGUGGCUUCAGCAGAUUUUUGUCUGGCAGCUAUAUUUGGAUCUGUGGAGUGUUUGGUGUUGAGAUACACAACAUUUGUUUCUCUCUCAAGAACAUCCCAAAACCUCACUGUUUCCUUCUUUUCUAUAAAGUCCCAUGAAUGCAAUAAAA